AACCCUGGAGCGUCGGGAUCGUGACUCGCGAAGGUACUUAGUUUUGUGCUCGGCUCGGCGGUGUCAGAGAGGAGGGAGAAGCGUGUCUCAAUGAAUGCGCCAUUCAUUCAUGUUCUCUGCGCUCCAUCCAGCGCCACUGAAUUCCACAGCCGCUGCCGCAUUGAUUGCCGCGCGGCCGAGGAGAAAAUGCUGCCCUGGCUAUGGCGCCACGAGCCAGAUUAGCUGCGGCCGAGCAAAGAAUGGAUUCCUUCCAGCAGCGCCCGGCGAUUCCUCCGUGAGCUCAUCCUUUUCUCGCCCCUAAACCCACGGAUCAGCUGUGAGGAAUCGCACCGUCGACCUAACUUUCGGCCAGGACACAAGCACGAAAAAAUUCCUUGGCAUCACUUCUUUUUUGCCUCUCUCGCUUUCACGGAAAGUGGAGUCUUGCCAGCCUUUUGUGGAGAUGAUCACAGGUUUGGUGGGUCUCGCUGGUUGGUCUGUUGGUUUGAUUUGAUAUGGACCGGAUUGUCGUUGUUAGCUUGUUUUUCGAUUUCUUUUCUUCGUUCAAGUCUCUGCGGUCGUGCUUGUCGAUGUCUUACAUCAAUGGUGCAUUAACUGGAAUGCACCCAGCUGCACCAGUGGCAGCUGCUGCUUUUCUUUUGUUGUGAUGCAUCUAUCGGUCUCAGGUUUGCUGCUGUUUGAUGGAUUCUUGAGAAGUCGAAGAAGUGGUUGAGUGAUCACUUCCAAAGGACUUCGCCUUGUGCGCUUUUGUCUGAGCUCCUUUCUGGCGAUUUUGGCAGGGAGAGCCUUGAGAAUACGCGGGGAGGGUGCCAGUCGAUGGGGAUUUCUAUUGCCGAGGGUGCAAUGUAGCUAGAUUUGAGUCCGAAGAGCAGAGAAGAUGCAGCUGUCCGAGGUUUGGAAGCAAAUUGGAAGCGUGGAGACUGCCGCUACUCAAAGCAUGUCCGAGGAAGUAGCUAAAGUUCUCGGGCAUCACAGGCUGGGUAGUUUCCUCAUGCAAGGGCAUGACUACGAUCUCUCAGAGUCUUUUAGAAGCAGGACAGUUCCGGAGGAAAUGAUACGAGAUGGAAAUUGCAAGCAGGAUGUCGAUGAUGAGCCAGUCAAAGAGCAGCCGCAUGCCACAGUGUCGUACCUUCAAUUGUUCAGCUUUGCGGACUAUCUCGAUUAUGUGCUUAUCUUCCUGGGUACCGUCGGUGCCUCGGUCCACGGAGCAGCUAUUCCCGGGUUCUUCGUCUUCUUUGGGAAAAUGAUCGAUGAGUUCGGCAAGGAUUAUAACAAUCCACACAAGAUGGGGCACGAAGUUAGCAAGUAUUCUCUUUAUUUCGUCUACUUGGGCUUGGUGAUCCUGGUCGCAGCUUGGCUUGAGGUGUCCUGUUGGACUUACACUGGCGAAAGGCAAUCGUCACGCAUGCGAACUCACUAUUUAAAAGCAAUGUUGAGUCAAGAUGUCGGUUUCUUCGACACCGAUGCCACCACCGGUGAAAUUGUUAUUGGGAUAUCUAGUGACACGGCACUUGUGCAAGAGGCAAUCGGUCCCAAGGCUGGAAACUACGUGCAUUACAUGGCGAGGUUUUUUGCCGGUUUCGCGGUGGGAUUUACGUCUGUAUGGCAGCUUACGCUAUUGACUUUAGCCGUCGUUCCUGCAAUUGCUGUUGCCGGAGGAGCUUAUGCAUACACAAUGGUCGGGCUAACCACCAAAAAUCAAAAGGCUUACGCCAGAGCGGGGGAGAUUGCAGAAGAGACUAUUUCUCAAGUUCGAACUGUUUACUCGUUCGUUGGCGAAGAAAAGGCUCAGGAGUCGUACUCAAGGGCCCUAGAAACAACCUUAAAACUCGGGAAGAGCGGUGGAUUGGCCAAAGGACUUGGACUUGGAGCAACCUAUGGCCUCACCUUCGGUUCUUGGGCACUACUACUUUGGUAUGCAGGAGUUUUAGUCAGGCACGGUACAACAAAUGGUGGCGAAGCGUUUACGACCAUACUUAAUGUUGUUAUCAGCAGCCUUUCCUUGGGAAAUGCAGCUCCGAAUCUCGGCGCUUUUGCCAAAGGCAAAGCUGCCGGAUAUAAUAUACUGGAGAUGAUCAAACGAAAACCAGCAAUCAAUCCAAACACUUCGGACGGCAAGACAAUCUCAAAUGUGCAAGGAAACAUUGAGUUCGUGGACAUACAUUUUAGCUAUCCGUCGAGACCAGACGUAACCAUUUUCCAGAAGUUAUGCCUGAAGAUCCCCCAGGGAAAGACAGUGGCGAUAGUCGGUGGCAGUGGUUCCGGUAAAAGCACGGUGAUAGCGUUGAUCGAGCGAUUCUACGAUCCUAUGUCUGGCAUAAUCUUGUUAGAUUCUCACGACAUCAAGACGUUGCAGCUCAAAUGGCUACGGAGUCAAAUUGGUCUUGUGAAUCAAGAGCCGGCAUUAUUUGCAACCACUAUUCGUGAAAACAUUCUGCUAGGAAAGCCCGAUGCAAGCGACGACGAAAUCUUCGAAGCUGCUACUGUUGCUGGCGCUCAUGCUUUCAUCCAGCAACUGCCUGAUGGCUACGAGACUCAGGUUGGUGAGAAGGGUGUGCAACUGUCUGGCGGACAGAAGCAAAGAGUUGCUAUCACAAGGGCCAUGGUGAAGAACCCUUCAAUAUUACUGCUGGACGAGGCUACCAGUGCGCUGGAUGCAGCGUCUGAACAGUCGGUGCAAGAAGCUCUGGACACUCUUAUGGUCGGAAGAACAACCGUCGUUGUUGCGCACCGGCUGUCUACAGUCCAGAAUGCUGAUAUCAUUGCCGUCGUACAGGGUGGGAAAAUAGUCGAAACUGGUACUCACUCGGCGCUGAUGGCAAAGGGAGAAUCGGGAGCUUAUUGUGAACUCGUGAGGCUGCAAGAAGCAGGGAAAGCAAAGACUCUAGAUGGCCCUCCGAGCAAGCAUUCCAGGCUUUCUCGAGGAUCUUCCAUGUCUCAGUUCAGCUUUAGGCUACAGUCCGACGCCGAAAGUCAAAGCAUUAUUGGCAUGGAAGAAGACCAACGUCUAAGUCUACCAAAGCCUUCUUUCAGGCGUCUCUUGAAGCUGAAUGCUCGUGAAUGGCCUCAGGGCGUUCUUGGUGCUUUUGGGGCCAUACUCGCUGGAGUCGAGAUGCCAUUCUUCGCUUUCGGGUUGACACAGGUCCUAGUCACAUACUACAAUCCUGACAAGCAUUACGUGAAGAAAGAAGUCGAAAAGUACGUGUUUUUUUUCACCGGUUUAACCAUUCUUGCGGUUCUGGCCAACACACUUGAACACUACUUUUUUGGCUACAUGGGAGAGUGCCUCACAAUGCGAGUACGAAACAUGAUGUUUUCAGCUAUACUUAAAAACGAACUAGGCUGGUUUGAGAAAGCAGACAAUUACAGCAGCUUAGUUUCAUCACAACUUGCUAGCGAUGCAACUCUCGUCCGUGCUGCCGUUGGUGACAGGCUGUCCAUACUGCUACAGAACUCCGCAUUAAUCCUCGGUGGAUUUAUAAUCGCUUUUGUCCUUCAGUGGAAACUGACUUUGAUAGUUCUUGCUCUCUUUCCACUUCUUAUUAGUGCCCAUGUCGGUGAGCAUUUGUUCAUGAAAGGUUUCGGAGUAAACCUGAGCAAAGUCUACGCCCGUGCAUCCGUGGUAGCUGGUGAAGCUGUUAGCAACAUCAGGACUGUGGCAGCAUUUUGUGGAGAGAGCAAGGUGUUGGAGCUUUUCAACCGGCAACUCGAGGGGAUAAAAAAGAACUCCUUUGCUAGGGGACAAGUAGCAGGAUUGGGAUAUGGGCUAGCGCAGUGCUGCUUAUAUAGUUCUUACGGGCUCGCACUCUGGUACGCGGCAAAGCUGAUCAAGGAUGGCGACUCUUCCUUUGGGCCUGUGAUAAAGUGCUUCAUCCUCCUCAUUUUCACGGCGUUUGGAGUCGCUGAAACUCUGGCCUUGGCCCCGGACCUGAUGCGAAGCUCUCGAGCAGUCGGUUCGGUUUUCGCAAUCCUGGACAGGAAAACAGAGAUCGAUCCGGACGAGCCCGACUCAGAAAUCAUCACGCACAUUCGCGGUGAUAUAGAAUUCAAGCGCGUCAACUUCAGCUAUCCUUCUCGCCCCGACGUGACAAUCUUCUACGACCUCAACCUCAAAGUCCGCGCUGGAAGUAGCCUCGCACUUGUUGGAGCAAGCGGCUCCGGAAAGAGCUCCGUCGUCGCACUGAUCCAGAGAUUCUACGACCCUUCGGCAGGCAAAGUAUUGAUCGACGGGAUGGACAUCCGGAGGAUCAACCUCAAGUCGCUGCGGCUUCACAUCGGGCUGGUCCAGCAGGAGCCUGCGCUGUUUGCGACGAGCAUCUACGAGAACGUCGCAUACGGGAGAGAUGGAGCAACGGAGUCGGAGGUGGUGGAGGCUGCCAAGGCUGGAAACGCUCACAGCUUCAUCAGCAGCCUCCCGGAUGGAUACCAGACUCAGGUUGGCGAAAGAGGGACGCAGCUUUCUGGAGGACAGAAGCAGCGAGUAGCGAUUGCUCGCGCGGUGCUCAAGAACCCGGCCAUUCUUCUGCUGGACGAGGCGACCAGUGCUCUGGACGCGCAGUCAGAAAAAGUGGUACAGGAGGCGCUGGACAGGCUGAUGCGCGGCAGGACGACUGUUUUGGUAGCACACAGGCUAUCGACGAUACAGAACGCGGGCGUGAUUGCGGUGGUAGAGGGUGGUCGAAUCGUGGAGCAGGGAAGUCAUAGGGAGCUCAUGGCCAAGGGCGAUGGUGCCUACGCGAGGCUGGUUAGGCUGCAACAAAUGAAAGAAACGAGAUGACUUAUAAUAAGUAUAUAAUAUUACAAAAAUAAAACUGUGGCAUCAACGAACGAGCAUGUACAAAGUUGCAACUACA